AUGAAUAAGUAUCCAUAUAGUGUUUAUUUGGCAGCUGGUACUCAAGCAGCAUAACCAACUAAAAAUUAAAUAUACUUAUUAAAAUUAUCAAAAAUGCAUAAAACUAAAUAUGAUGAUGAUGAAGCAUCUUAAUCAGAAGAAGAUAGUGAAGAUGAUAAUCUUAGUAAUGAUGAAGAAGGUUAAGUACAUUUGAGUAGUGUUACAGGAUUAAAAUGUGGAGUAAAUAGAAUUAAAACUAUGAAUGGUUAAGCAAUUGCUGCUUAUUGGAAUGAAAAUGGAGAUGUUAAUAUUUUAGAUCUUAAUCCAUUAUAUAAAAAACUUUAAUCUAAUUAAUAAUCUUAAUUUAAUUUAUCACAAUUACAUCAUAAAGUAUUCAAAAAUUAACAUGAAGGAUUUGCAUUAGAUUGGAGUCGUUUAAAAGUAGGUGAUUUAUUAAGUGGUUCAGUUGAUGGUAAAAUUUAUUUAUAUCAAUUAAAUAAUAAUGAUUGGAUUAGAGAAAAUAAAGCUUAUGAAUAUCAUAAAGGAAGUGUUGAAGAUAUAUAAUUCUCACCAAUUGAAAGUUUUGUAUUUGCUUCAUGUUCUACUGAUGGAUCUCUAUGUAUUGUUGAUACAAGAGAAGGAAAACAUAAAUAAGCUUAGAUCUUGGUUAAAGCUCAUAAUUGUGAUGUUAAUGUAAUCUCAUGGAAUCAAGUAUCAGCUACUCUUGUUGCUACAGGAGCUGAUGAUGGAUGCUUUAAAAUAUGGGAUUUAAAAUAUCCUAAAAAUGAUGCCAUUUCUGAAAUUCAAUUCCAUAAUAAAGCCAUUACAUCUAUAUAAUUUUAACCAAAUAGUGAUUCUAGUAUAGCUGUAUCAUCAGAAGAUCAUAAAUUGUCUAUUUGGGAUUUUGCUGUUGAAAAUGAAAAUAAUAAUGAAGAAGAUGUACCAGAUUAAUUAAUGUUUGUACAUUAAGGAUAAAAAGAUCUUAAAGAAUUAAAAUAUCAUCCUGUUUAUUAUGAAAUGAUAGUGAGUACUUCUGCUAAUGGAUUUAAUGUAUUUAAACCAACUUUAGAUGAAGAAGAAAAGAAAUCAGAAUAAUCUGAAGAAGAUUAAGCUUAAAUUCCUGUUAUUAAAGAGGAAGAUCUAAAUAAAUAUUUUUAAUAAAUGUCUAUAUAAUGA